CCAUUGUAAGGCAAAAAAGUCAACAACAAAGAGACGCGUGAAUGGAAGCUUAAAAAACAUCGGGAAAACAAUAACAAUUAUAUUAAACGUUUUGUACGUAUAAAGCACAAGUCUUAUUAACUUAGACCCUCCGACCUCAGCGUCCGAAAAAACAAAAAAAAAUUGUAGUAAACGCGAACAAGGCUUCAGUAUUGGACAGUUAAGAAUAUUUGAAAUACAUUAAAAGGCAUAGGAUGUCAAUCUCAGAGGAUCAAACUGGUAUCUUAAUCGAGCGUGCCACUAAUACGAAUACGGAUGACUUUACCGACGCGUUUGGUUCAUUGGGAGCGGCUGGUGGUGGUGGUGGUGGCGGCGGCGGUGGUUAUUAUAGCGGCAACAAUAUAAACAGCUCAGGCUCGUCACAAGGUGCAAUAGCUCAAUUAGCUACUAGAAGUUAUGGUGCUUUACCGAAUUAUUCGGCACGAAUGCCCACCGAUCGCCAUGCUAUAGAGUAUAACAUGCGUCAUAAAAAUCGUGGCUUAGCGUUGAUUUUUAAUCAUGAACAUUUUGAGGUGCCAACAUUAAAGUCACGUUCGGGUACAAAUGUCGAUUGCGAUAACUUGGCCCGGGUCCUUAAGCAGCUUGAUUUUGAGGUGCUUACAUACAAAGAUUGCCGACUUAAAGAUUUGAUGCGUCACAUCGAAUGGGCGGCCAAUCAAGAUCAUACCGAUGACGAUUGCAUUCUUGUAGCGAUUUUAUCACAUGGCGAGUUGGGAUAUAUUUACGCAAAAGACACUCAAUACAAAUUAGAUAACAUUUGGACUUACUUCACAGCCCAAAAUUGUCCUAGCUUAGCAGGGAAACCGAAACUCUUUUUCAUACAAGCUUGUCAAGGCGAUCGUCUAGAUCCUGGUAUCACAAUGAAACGCAUGCAAACCGAAACAGACGGCGAAUCAUCAAUGAGCUAUAAAAUACCAGUACAUGCCGACUUUUUAAUUGCCUAUUCGACCAUACCGGGUUUUUAUUCUUGGCGAAAUACUACUCGAGGUUCAUGGUUCAUGCAAUCAUUAUGCUCCGAAUUGGCCGCUAAUGGCAAACGUUUAGAUAUUUUAACACUCUUAACUUUUGUAAGCCAACGCGUAGCUGUUGAUUACGAGUCUUGCACUCCUGACACACCAGAGAUGCAUCAACAAAAACAAAUACCUUGCAUCACUACCAUGUUGACCAGAAUCUUGCGUUUUUCGGACAAAAAUCCAUUAUCAUCCGUUGUAAGGGUUUAGUGUUAUUUGUCGCAACUUUUCAUAAAAGGUAAGUAAGUAAGAGAGCAAACGUUACAAAAAGGAUGAAUCAUUCAAACAUAGUAAAGAAAAAAAAAAAAAAACUAAUUUUACAUCUAUGUACACACACAUAUAGAGAUAUAAAAACCUAUCUGACAAAGAUAACGUACAAAAAUUAACCUUGGUGCGUAAUUUUGUGUACAAUUUUGGAAAACGAGAAAAUAUUUUUAUACAAUUUGAUAGACGAGCAACAGCAAUAUAACAAAAUAAUAGCAAUUUAAUAAUAGUUAACAAUUGCAACAGUACAGUGAUACAUUUUGUACAAUAGUAAAAUUUAUAUUUUUGGAAGUAAUGCAUUUUCUUUAUUUUCAUAGUCGAUAGUAGUCGAACGCUCAAUAACAAUUCAGUUUUUGUCCAGUGUUAACUAACACAUCAAUGCAGGAAAAAAUUAACCGCCAACUGCCACUACUACGCUGCCAUUUACAUCCAAGCGAAACUCUUGAUCCAAUUGCAUUUUCUCUUUGCGAAUGUCCUAAAAUAAAUAAAAAUAAAGCUGCCUUGCAUUCUUUUCUUCUCAAAACUCGGCAAACCGGAAGCGCGUCCUUAGCCCGCUGACACCGUCUAGUAUCACUAAACCUAACACAAUCUUACCCUGAUAAUGAUUGGGAAAAUAUGCCAGUGCAAAUGACGAGGAUUUGAUUAAAGCUUUGUGUCAUUUGCGAAUUUCAUUACGGUCGGAACCUUUGGCAAUCGUUUGUUGCUAUAAAUUCUGUCACAAUUAGGAGGUAAGAGGUGAGAAUUUCAAUUCUUCCUGUUCUUCGUCACAUUUAGCUUGGGGGGAUAAAGUCUUUGCUUUAGUUCUAUUGAUACGAAGCUGUCAAUAAUCAAUAAUUGAGGUUUUAACUCCUUCGCAAGUUCAUUUUAGGCCUUUUCCCGCCCCCUCAAAUGCUGCUUGCGAACGCCUCUUUUCACAUUUUUCUAUUGUUAAAUCUCUAUUUUCAUACCAUUAAGGAGAACAAAAGCAGAAACACCUGACAUCCACGUAAACUUGCAAGCCAGCACAGAAUAAUUGAAAAUCUCCUUACUCGUAAUAUCGCUCGUACGUUACGCGCUACGUUACUGUCUAAUAAAUAGGAUGCUUACGUGUACGGAGCAUAUUACUUAUAUGAGAGGAAGUGUACAAAUUGAGACUUCAAAUUCUUCCUCCAUGCCAGUCCGUUGUCCUUGAUGUUUUAAUGUAUUUAGCUGAUUUUUCGCAGGCAUCGUAUGCUUCCUCCUUGCCUUUCACAUCAUUGUAUGGUCAGUUCGUGGAAAAAUGAAAGCAGAACAUUUGCAUAAAGUAAAUAUUUAAGAAGACAUACACUACACUUGAACAAAAAAGCAACAAUCCCAAUCCCAAUAAAACUUUUUAACGAGCCACCACAGUAGUAAAGUAGAUAAGCUAUCGCUUUAUAAGGACAAUCCUUUUGCAUCCAUUCUCAAACUGAUUAUAUACAACGAAUUUUGAUGCUUUUUUUUUAAUUAAAUUAAAUUUCAUUUAAUUUUAUCUCACAUCUAAGAAAAUCGGACAUCCGCAAAUAUUCUAAGUCGACUUAGUCAAAUUCAUUAUGAAGGAAUCCAUAUAU